AUUUUUAAAACAUUGCUACAAUUAGAGGCUUAAUUUCCUCCCUCUCCUAAUAGUCAAAUGUCAAUAAUACCCCUUAGGAAACUUCUAUAGGAUCAAUCAAUACCUAAAAGUUUAAAGGCUAUUUAAUUUGAUUUGACUCUUAGGUAGGUCCAUUGGUUCAGUCUCUAGUUUAAACCCACAUCUAUAGCUACCAAUACAUAACAUCCCAAUUCCCAUAAUUCCUCAAACCAAAAACCUUGUACCUCUCAAAAAAACCAAACAUUCUUUCCAUUAAAAUGUUGAACCCUUUUGUUUGUGGAACAUACGAUCCAGUAGAUGAUGAUGAACUAUGUCUUGCAAAUCCAGAAUCAAGUCCAAGAAGAUACAAAAGAAAAGAUAGCAAAAAUAACCCUUAUUCCACACGUGGCCUAGACAAAUUUUCAGCACUUUUAUCUGAUUUAAAUGAUAAAAGACAGAAAAUUUAUUCACAAAUGAAUCCACAUGAUAUUUCUUUUGUUCGUUUUGUUCAUUCAAAUAAAGAUGAUUUUGUUCCUAUUAUUGUUAAGGUGAAGAACAAGAGCCAAGAGUUGAAAGUAGUGAAAGCAAGAAACUUGAAUCAUAAGUCAGAGUCAACGGAGAAAAAGUCUUCAGAUGAAUCAUCAAAUGUUGCUAUGGAUGAAAGAAACAAACCCAAGAUGGAAAUUGAUCAAAAAGCAAAAACAAAGAAGAGAAUUUCUUGGAAUAUGAAGAAUAUUGAAAUGGAGAAACCUGUGUUCUAUUUGCCUUUUGUUGUGAUAAUGAUUUUGGUUUUGUUGAUUGUGUUUGGAAGAACAGCUGCAAUAAUUUUCACUUGUAUUUUGUGGUAUGUUAUUCCAACUUUGAAAGAUAGUUCUUUAAAUUCAAAAAUUUCUAUGAAGAAAAAAGAUUAUGUUAGAGGAUUGAGUGAGAAGAAAAUGGUUGUUAAUGAAGGGUUGGUGAAGAAAAAAGAUUAUGUUAGGGGGUUUAGUGAAAAGAAAAUGGUGGUUAAUGAAGGGAUUAACAAAAAGAAAGAUUAUGUUAGAAGAUGGAGUGAGAAGAAAAUGGUUACUAAUAAUAUUGAUGGAUUAGUUUCUCCAAGAAGUGGUUGUGUUUCUGAUGAGGCUAAUUCAAAGAUCAAGAUUCAAGCAAAACAUUCACACAAGAAAAGUUGGUGAUCAUUGUAUUUUUUUGUCCACUCCUUUGUUUUUGUUUCUUUUUCUUCUUUAUGUCUUCAUUUUCUUGGUUAGGAUUAGAAUUUUUGUUGUGUGAAAUGUGAAUAUGUUUAGAAUUUUUUGAAGACUUUGCUUGAAAUGAGUUGACAAUUCAAUUCAACCUUUCUUGUUACAUGUUCUUGGUAUAUUAUAUAUUUCGUAGUUUUAAA